CCUGCUUUAAAAUUACCUGGUUACCAAGACCUGCACCUGUUCUUCUCUGGCUCGUCAUGUAAAAAUUUACUUCCUUUAAAACAAAAGAUCAAGUGAUCAGAUGGUAGCGAGGUUUUACUAUGAUAUGGUUCUCAAGACUGAAAAGGAAAUCCCGCGGUAGUAUUGUUAAAUUGUGGUGAGAUCGAAGACGUAGAGGUAAAGAAAAUAGUCGUUACGCGCGAACCUUGAUCGAGUGGGUGAUUCUUCACAUAACCGUGAAAUGAUCUAUGUUACUGCAUUGUGGCAUAACUUCAAAAGGAAAUCAAAUAAGAUAGACAAACUUCUGUGAUAAACCAGCAUGGAAUUCGAUCACGUUUUGCGGAUAAUUGGAGAAUUUGGUCCACAUCAAAGAAGGUUGUAUGCGUUGCUUAAUUUAUCGCUUAUUCCCGCUGCAUUUCAACUGCUAUUACAAGUGUUUGUUGGAGCCGAACCAAAAUGGAUUUGUUUGAAUUCUUUGUCGAAUGAAACAUGCCCCAGGAAUAAAUCACACUGUUCGGAAGUCCAGUACACUUCAGAAUUUACUUCAAUCGUCACAGAGGUGAGAUCAGUACUAAUUUUUAUUUUCAAUCUUUAUUCGAUAAUUUUUUUUUUGCACUGCACAGAGUGUAGUAUAAAUUAGCAUUUUGGCUCCGAUAAAACAUUUAAUGAACCAAUUUUAUGCAUGAACGAUAAAGCUUUCUUGACGAAUUUUUGUGUAACUUGUAUUGACUUCUUUAGAGUCAAAUGUUUUCCAAGUUGUGGAUUCACACACCAUAUAUCGUGAUUUCUUUUUUUUUUUAAUAACCUUGUCAUAAUUUUUAUCGUUGCUAAGUUAUGCACUUGCUCUAAUAAAAUUCCCUCCCGCUGAAUAUUUUUAGCGGAUCACUUUUGCUCUGCAGUCCAUUGUUUUUCAUUUUUGGUACUGUCUAUUUUCCAAUUCGAACGUGUUUGUAGCACAGAAAAAGUCAGGAUUUUUUAAAAUUUUUUAUACUAUUGGGUCUAGCAACCCAUUCAUUUGCCGCUUUUACGGUCCAUCGCACAUUCAGCUCUUCAAAGGAUCUUUACUAUUGAAUUACAUAAAAUAAUUUAAUUUAGAGAGGGUAAAACGCAGUAUAGUUGUAAAUUGGUAUUAAUAUUUGGUCCUCUCUUGAAUAACAAAUAACUUAAAAAUAAAAAAAAGGUUUUUUAAAAAUGAUUAAAACGCAAAAAAAAGUAAUGAUAAAAAUAUUCCACAUUAACCCUUUAACUCCCAAGAUCUGAUUGUUAAUUCUCCCCUCCAGCUGCUACACAUUUCCCUGUAAAUUAGUGAUAAGAAUUUGGUGAUAGAUGAUAAGUUUUAGUAUUCUCAUCACCCAUUUGUUGGAUAGUAUAUGGAUAUAUUAGGGGGAAGUUACAUGUUAAUCACUUCUGUGAGUUAAAGGGUUCAUGAUCUAAAAAAAUUGGGUUGAAAAUAUAGAUUUAUGGUAUUGUAAAGUGAUCAGAGUCUAUUUACAUCAUUCUUGAAAAAUUUAAAAUAGUUUUGCUUAAAAAGCAAAUGGUGAAGCUUGAUCUUUUAAUUACUGAAUAAAAGUUUUGAAAUGGGUAUUACACAUAUUGCCUAAUUUAUUGAUAAUAUUAUCCACAGUUCAUCUCUUUUGGAAUGGGAAUGGAUAGGAAGAUCCAUCUUCUUACUUGCCCCUUUCCUCGGCCACAGACACGCUGUAACUACAAUAUUAUUAUCAAUUGGAAAUGAAUUAACUUCUUCAAGAUAAAUAAAUCAACCCUUCAACCCCUAAGAGUGACUGGCAUCUAAUUUCUCCUUACAAAAUCACCCCUGAAUAAAACAUUACAGUCAUGAGAAUAAUGGAAAUGAUCAACAAAUAAAGAAGCUCUUGAUUGUUCAACAAAUUCUCCUUGUCAGAACUGAAAGAAAAGUGCAGAGAGCGUAUGGAGAAUAUAUAUAUACUGAUGACAAAUUUGAUCUGGGAGUUAAAGGGUUAAACCAAUAAUACGACGCAUUAGACCCAAUUAACUCUAACUGAAAAGAGAGUAAUAUUAUUCGAAUAAUUCAUUGUGAUAAAUUAUUUUAAAUAUGUGAAUUUUUUUUAUUUUCAGUGGAACCUGAUAUGUGAAAAUUCAUACAAAGUGGAUUUAGUUCAAUCUGUUCUCAUGGCUGGGACUUUAGUAGGUGCUGUUAUCCUUGGAGCCUUGGCCGAUAAAUGUGGAAGAAGGAAAAUUUGGUACAUUUCAUUCACCGGGCUUGUUUUAUUUGGCUUUGCAAGUUCAUUUGCUCCAACGUACAAAAUAUAUGCUUUAUUGCGAUUUUUGACUGGAUUUUGUAUUGGUGGUGAAAUAUUAUCUGCCUUUGUGUUGGCAACAGAACUGAUUGGUCCGUCUUACAGAGGGUUUGCUGGCACUAUGGCACAAUGUUUCUUUACAUGUGGGCUUUUAAUUCUCCCAAUUGUUGCAUAUUUAAUUCGUGACUGGAGGACAUUGUCUGUUCUGCUGUCUUUGCCAUUUUGUGUUUUUAUAUUAUUUUUUAGGUAAGUACAAAUUCUUUUUUCAAUUCUUAGUUGUUUUGACUCAGCAGGUGGUAUUUGUUUUGGAAGCAAUCAAUAUACAGAAAUUUGUCUUUUACUGUGACCUUAACUUAACUUAAUUUAUUUAUGGUCUCACUCAUUUAGUCAUGGGAAAGCAAAUAUUUUUGGAUAAUCUCUUCAGUUAAUUCAAGCUUGAACUUUGAAAAAAACAAUGAGAAUCUUAUGACUUUUACAUCACAUAUUGAAGUCUGAAAAUAACUUCUUUAAAAGUGUUGAGGUAAGGUGAAGCUUUAAAUCCCAGAAGUGAUUUACAUGUAAUUUCUCCCUAUAAUAUCCAGACAUUAUCUAGCAGGCAGGUAAUGAGAAUACUCAAACUAACCAGGUAGAGGUUUUUAUCUUGAUCUAACACCAGAUUCUUAUGACUAAUUUAUAAGGAAAUGAAUAGAAACCAGAAAGGAGAAUUACCAAACAGAUCUUGGUAGUUAAUAAAUGGGCCAUUAACUGGCUGAGUUUUGAAAAUGUAAUAUUGUUACUACCACAGAAUUGUUCCUGAGUCAGCUCGCUGGCUUAUAAUUCGUGGUCGCCUGGCAGAAGCUGAGGACAUUUUAUCCAGUAUAGCAAGAAAAAAUGGUAUAGCUGUCCCGAAGAUUCUGUUACAAGUCAGUCGUCCACUGUCUGUUGUUGGAAACAGAUAUGGCUGCUUAGACCUUCUUUCCAAUAUGAAGAUUGCUAAAAUCACAAUAGUUUUGUUCUACUUAUGGUGAGUGUCUUUGAUGUUUAGAAUUUGUGUUAUAGUCACUUGUAGUCUGUAAUAUAGCUUUGUUUACAGCUUAGCAUGUGAUACCUAAGAAGAGUUUGAUCAGCUCUUCUUACAUAGAAAUACUUAACAAUCUAGAACAUUCUAUAUACUAUUACAUCAUGUUCUAUUUAUAAAUUAGGGACAGCUUGACUAAGUGUGAUAAAUCAUAACAGACAAUGGAACAUGUUAAUAUUUUGGAGCAUUCAAAAAUAUCAAUCUAGACAUGCAUCUUGUGUACUUUAAAAUAGAUAGCCUUGGUCAGUGUGUCAAAGAGUUUCAAUUGGUAUCUCAGCCAGUAGAUGAUCACUAUAUCAGUUGAUAGUUUGUGGACAGUCAGUCGAUAGGUGUUUCAAGGGUUGACUGAUAGAGUCCUAAUGAGAGUCUCAAUGUCCCUAUAGUAACAAGAGUCAGUUGAUCAUUCACUGGCUGCCUUAUAGUUGACUGAUAGAAAGUCUCAAUGAGAGUCUCAAUGUCCCUAUAGUUACCUGAAAUCCUACUUGAUACAUUAGCACAAGUGUCAGUUGAUUAUCUGUUGGCUGCCUGCCAGUUUGACCUUCUACAAACUCUGGACCUAAUACUUAACAACCAAUAUUUUGUGCUGCAUAUAUCAUGAGUCUUAAUCUCUUUACACCAAAAUUUUUUUCUGUUUUAGGUUUGUGAAUACACUGGUUUAUUACGGCUUAUCACUCAACACAAAGCAUUUGGGUGGUGACAUUUACAAGAACUUUUUUUUAUCAAGCCUCAUGGAAGUUCCUGCAUACUUGACAAGUGUUUGUCUUAUCAACUGGUGAGGAAUUCUUAAAUUAAUUUUAAAUAACAUCAUUUAAAGUUGUAAAUGGUUUUGUUGGUUUUUUUGGUACCAGAAAUUCAGAGAGAAAGUUAUUGAAGAGAAGUCUGUACUGGAACAAAGACACCCAACCAGUCAGAGCUUAUCCUUACCAUGGGGUGACUAGGAGUAUCACUACUCCCCCCUGGAUGGAAUGUUAGUCCAUCACAAGGUUACCCCUCGGCAUUUCAUCAGGCUUCCCUGACAAUGCCCCAGUACCCAUUUAUACUCCUGGGUUUAGAGAGGCUCUGUGGGAGUAAAGUAUUUUGCCUAAGAACACAACACAAUGACCCAUCCAGGCCUUGAACCCAGACCUUGUAACCCAGAGUCCAGGGCACUGAACAUAAAAAAGGCCACCAGGUUGAAUCCUUAAAGGGAAAGAUGGGGGUGUUUAAAAGCGAAUGUUUUAUCAUUUUACUCCCAUGGGUGACCAAAACAGAAUUUCUCCUUACAAUGUCAAUACAAUGUUUAGAAGACAAGUGAUGAGAAUAAAGAAAAAUAUCAAUUUGGAGAUUAUUAGUUGAUCCAAUACCAAAUUCUUAGAAACAACAUCACAAGAAUUGUAUGACAGACAGUGAGGAGAAAAACUAAUCGUGAGGGAUGAGAAAGAGGAGUCAAACUAAAAGUCCUUUGUGGGGAUGUUCUGGAAUAAUAUAUAGAAUACACAAAUAUAUAAUAUAUUGAAUAAUAUUUCAUGUGUAUGUUUAUUGAGGAUGAUGCUGUCUUUGUAGUUUUUGGGAAACGUUAAAAGGAUUCCUGGAAACUUUCAGCAGAAGAAAUCUGAAUGUAUAGAAGAGAUCAGUAUGGUGAAAUUUUUUGUCUAUGAAUCUGUUUCAGGGUGGGGCGUCGCCGGAGUCUGUGUUACUACAUGAUGAUUGGAGGAGCUGCAUGCUUGACCUGCUUAUUUUUUCAAACAGGUCACCAUCAUUUUUUUUGUGUUUUUCAAAAGUUCAAAUAUCACUGAUAUGAAAAAAAGUAUAUUUUUUCAUUGCUGGGUUUUUUUAUUUCAUAGGCACUCAACCUGUCUAUCGGGUGUUAACAACAAUCUUUGCUAUGAUUGGCAAGUUUGGAAUCUCAGCAUCAUUUGCUGUUAUUUACAUUUAUUCAGCGGAACUUCUUCCAACAGUAGUCAGGUAAAAAUUUAGUUUUGCUAGGUAUUCUGCUAAAUAUUUUGUUAGUCAGAGCUCAUGAAAGCUUUUAUCAAUAUUGUCUUUUCAUUCCUCAGUAGAAAUAAUAUGCACUCACCUGCGAUAAUAUAUGCCAUACAUGUGAUAUGUCAGCUAACAAACUCUAAUUUUUUAAUUAUUUCAUUUUAGGAAUGUUGGAAUGGGGGUGUGUUCCAUGGCAUCUAGAAUAGGGGGCAUUUGCUCUCCAUUUGUGGUAUUUUUGGUAAGUUAGACUGUGAUUUAAUGUUUUGAACUAAUUGGGCUGUGACCAAAGUUUAAACCAGUAGUAGUUGUUAGAAAGUGAGAGUCUGUUUUGUAGAAAAUGUUUGUUACAGAUUACUUGAAUCUUGGGUCUGUCAGACUCGCAAACUCACUGUUCUAAACCCUGGGAGCUUGCUGUCAUUAAAAAUACUGUUAAUAUAAAUAAUCAGAUGCUAUCACAUUGUGUCUAAUUUUAAACUUUUCAGGGCAUUUAUACUCGCCCUCUUCCCAUGAUGAUCUUUGGAAUGUGCUCCUUUGCAGCAGGGCUUCUAAGCCUUGUGUUGCCAGAGACUUUGAAUAAACCACUUCCUGAGAGCUUGGAGGAGACUGGGUUUGAAGGUGUGGAUGGAUUGUUGUAUGAACAGCUGGAAAUGGAACAAUUUACACACGAAAUGGAAUUUAACAAUGACGCAUUUCAAACUAAUGAUUCAGACUUUGAUGAUGAUAUUAUUAGUGAAAAGACAACAUUUAUCUAGAAUGAUGCAGAGGAAAUAUUCCUGUUUCUGUUGAGGUGUAGAUCAAAUCUUUCUUAUUUAAAGAGUAGGAUAUAAUAUGGAAUUAGAGAUGGACCUUUUUAGGCCUUAACAGACAUGAUUAACCCUUUAACUCCCAAGAUCUGAUUGUUAAUUCUCCCCUCUAGCUGCUACACAUUUCCUUGUAAAUUGGUUAUGAGAAUUUGGUGUUCGAUCAAGGUAAUAUCUUUUACCCGAUGAGUUUGAGUUUUCUCAAUACCUGUUUGCUGGGUAUUGUAUGGAUAUUAUAGCGAGAAGUUACUUGUCAAUCACUUCUGGGAGUUAAGAGUUAAUUAUUACUCACAAAUUAUUUAUAAAGAAGAUAUUUUGCGAGGCUUAGUUGGCAACGUAACUUAUUUAUAAUGACUUAUUUAUAAUUUUUCUUAGUGUCGAAGCAUCGCAGGUGUUUUGGACUUUAAAACCUUUUUGUGUAGCAUUAGUUCUGAAGAACUAAGACCUCACAAGGACAAAGCUAGUUUAUAGUAUUACAAUAACCUUCUGAAGUAAAUUUACCAUUUUUGCCAAUUGAAGGUAACCAAAAUUUGUACAUAAAGAAAAUACAGCGAUAUUAAGGGUUUAAGUUUAGUUUAGAAGUUGUAACAAGUAGGAUUCUUUGCUGGGAUUUUCCAUUCAUUCAGUGUGUGAAACAGCACAGGGAAAGUAUUGGGGAAUAGCGAUCAUAACGAUAAUCAACAACGAUGGAUCCGUAUUCUGAGCCCAACGUAAAUCGAGCGUGGGACGUGAUAUUAAUAAAUCCCUUCGGGAUCGCCUUGCAGUUCUUAAACAAAAAGUAGUUGUUUGGAUUGUAUAGGUUCUCUCUUUGUUUAAUUUUUGAAAAAUAUUAGACUGCCGAAAACUUUGGCAGGGUGUUACUGACCGCGGAAACUUCGGAACCCAUGUUUCUUUUUGAAAGAAAAGUAAUCAGAUAAAAUGAACACUGAAAAGGACCUUAACACUGACUGGAAGUUGGUUUUCGGGAAUAAAGAAGAAUACCUUAAAAAGAGAAAUAUGUUGUAACUGUCCUUGACGUCCCAACUUUAAUUGUGGCGACAUUCACAGUACUAGUAAAAGGGUAUGUAACAUCAUUAAGAGCAAUCUGCAGUCACCUUUCCCGAG